CUACCACCACUACCACUACCUAAUAGCUUCUUCUAUCAAACUUUCAUUGACUUGCGUUCGAGAACGAUCGGCUUGUACGGGAAAGGCCAUAUAACCUUAAGCCUUUGAUCAUAGCAUGGUGCUAUAGGUGAAAUGAGAAAGUGCAAAGCAUAACCGGCGACCUUAUCAUCAAAGAAACUUUCCGCCUUCAUCCAAGAUUAUUGGCAUGAUAUUGCAUGCACACAACUCGUCUCAUGCAAACCUGAGAUACUACCAGUAUUUCCAACCUCGGCUUCAAUUCAAUGAAUUCUGUGUCCCCUCCAGAUGUAUAUCAAAUAUCAAAUAUCCAAUAUCAAAUAUCCAAUGUAUCACCGAUGUAUGACUUCGUACGUCGGUGUUUGUCGUGAUGGUGAGGGUGAAGGUGGGGUGAGUGAUGCGGGGUUGAACAGAAUGGCGUCACUACAGUCAACCUUCCCUUCUUUACUACCGCUAUCUACUCUGUACAGGAAUGUGAAUGCUCAUCUUCACGCAGUAUCAUACAGUAUUCUUACCCAACGUCUAAUCCUACAUUCAAAACUUCACUUUGACUCUUGAAGAGCAAGAAUACUGUUACACUCACUCGUCAACCAAGAACCAUUAUCCCUUUUCAAUCCACUUCCUCAACAUGCCUCUCAUAGCUACUAACCCCAAACCUCGAAUAAUUCUUGGUCUGAUGAACUUUGGUCCAGACCCAUCCACCGGCGCACGCAUAACCUCAUUAGAUGAAUACAACACCUUCCUCGACCAUUUUCAAGGCGCCGGAUACAAUGAAGUCGAUACCGCACGUACAUAUGUUGGAGGAAAGCAAGAAGCGUUUACACGCGAAGCAAAAUGGCAAGAAAGGGGCUUGACAUUGGCCACGAAAGUCUACCCCACAGAAGCGGGAUUGCAUACAGAAGCAGAAAUAACGAAUAGAUUCGAGACGAGUUUGAAAGAGUUGGGGACAGACUGUGUGGAUAUAUUCUAUUUGCACGCUGCUGAUCGUGCAACGCCCUUUACAGAGACAUUGGCCGCUCUCGACAAACUCCAUAAACAAGGCAAAUUUGUCAACCUAGGACUUUCAAACUUCACAGCCUUCGAGGUUUCAGAAAUAGUUAUGCAUUGCAAAUACAACAAUUGGGUGCGGCCAACCGUAUACCAAGGAAUGUACAACGCCAUUACACGUUCCCUGGCUUCUGAACUCAUUCCAUGUUGUAAGCGCUACGGUAUCUCCGUCGUCAUUUACAACCCUAUCGCAGGUGGUCUCUUCUCAGGAGCCUACAAGUCAUCAGAGAUCCCAACCAGUGGACGCUAUAGCGAUGCUGUGGGAAAGUUGGGUGAAAUGUACAGAAAACGCUAUUGGAAGGAAUCGAACUUCGCUGCAUUGAAAUUGAUCGAACCAGUUGUUCAAAAAUACAACUUGACAAUGGUGGAGACUGCAUUUCGAUGGUGUAUACACCACAGUGCACUGAAUGUUUUGGAUGGGGACGAUGGAAUUAUCAUGGGAGCGAGCAGCAUUGAACAAUUAGAUUCAAAUCUCAAAGAUUGUGAGAAGGGACCAUUGCCCGAAGAAGUAGUGAAAGUUUUGGAUGAGGCUUGGAAGGUUUGUAUAGCAGAUACACCAAAUUAUUGGCACCUGGAUUUGAAGUAUGAUUAUGAUACUAGGAAGGCACUAUUUGGAGUAUAGGCAUAGAGUAGAUUUACUUUUAGAUUAGCGCCGAGAUAUACGGUUGCUUUCGUAGAAACAAGACAAGAAGCAAAGAACCACCUAAAGCUCACAUCCGUAAUGCUAUUUAGU